AUGGAGCAGAACUUUCCCCGCUGUGUGCGUGAGGCCUGGGAUUCCGUAGAGAAAUCGCAGGAGCCAUCCCCGAUCUUCAAGAAUCCGGGGCCCUGGUCACUCUCUCUCUAUCCUGCGCUGGGCUACCUCACUUGGGAUGACCAAGACAACCUAGAACAAUAUUCUGCUCCCUGUGGGUUUCUGAAACAGUUCUGCCCGGUGCACAGGCCGAGAGCACAGAGCACAUCCAGUCAAGGUGCAACACUGCCCACUCCUGACCCGAGGCCCCAAACCCAGGAGCCAGAGAAACCGGUGUCACUCUGGAUCUUUGAGGACCCCGGGCGCUGGACACUCCCUCACUAUAUGCUGGUCCACCUCUUUUGGGACAACCAGAAUGUUGACCAGGAACCACAUUCUGGUCCUUGGGGGUUUCCGCACCAGGACUACUGGCUACAUGGGCCCAGAGUAUGGCACCCGUUCAGUCCUGGCAUACAGCUGCCCGUUAUCUACCCAACACCCAUCACCCAAGACCUAGGAGUCAUAGAUGCCUCCAGGAGUGGAGCCUAUCACCCAGGAGCCCAGAUGAUGUUCGGCCUGCAGCCUUUCUAUGCCUUUCUCCUCGCAGCAGGAAGGACACCUGAAACCGAGACUACUGAUAGACCCUUCCAGCAUCUCUCUCCUAGGGGACCACUUUCACCCGGAGGCUAG